AUGGACAAGUCUGCGGAUACUUCACACGUCGAGGUGAAGGAGUCUCAAGAGGACACCAAGCGCCAGUGCGAUGAGAUCAUCGCUAGCUUUUCCUUGGAGGAAAAGAAGCACAUUACUCGCCGUAUCGACUAUCGCUUGGUGAUCCCAACUGGUUUUCUGUUUAUGAUCAGCCCGAUGGACAGGACCAACAUCAGUGAGUUUAGUGCUCCUGGCGGAGAAUCAACUAAACAGCUUCAGGUGUUACGUACGUCUCUGGAAUGGCAGUUUAUCUGA